AUGAUCAAACACGCGUUAAUCGCUUUUGCCAUCUUUGUUGAAUCGAACGCCUUCGGCUUUGGUGGUAGUAGUGGGUGUUGUGCUGUCCUUGAACCACCACCGUGUCUACCACCAUGCCUUCCUACAUGUGUGCCUCCAUGUCCUCCUCCACCUCCACCACCUCCUCCACCACCUCCACCUCCUCCACCACCUCCACCUCCUCCACCUUCUUCAUGCUGUGUUCCUCUAUGUGUGCCACCUUGCAGUAGCUGCGGAUGCGACGGAUAA